AAGAAAACGUUAACUCUGCCAGUCUGAGCAAUAACAUCACGUUGACGCGGAAGUGGCACAUCUAACGCUAGUUAUCUACUAAUGUGCGUUUUAAAGUUCAAAGAAGACAUUGAAAAACGUCGGAUUGAUCAGGAUCAGGAUCACUUUUUAUUGUGGUGCUGUAUUUCGCAAUGUGGGUGUGGCGUUGGAUUAUAUUUCCAUAACAGGAAACACACUCAACCAGUCCAGUCAUGUGUUUUUUGUGUGUGAACCAUUUACUACUGCUUUCUGAUUCUUAUUAAUAGUAUUUGGAUUGGUUGUUGUUGCCUUGGGAUUUCUGAGAUGCAGAUCUCUCCACGGCGCAAGAGAAAUCGCAGCACGUGUUGAAGGAAGAUGUUUUUUGCCAAGAAAUUACUCAGUGGCGUCAUCGAUGCUGUCAGCAACAUCGACCCAAACCAGUUUUUUCCUUCUGACCCUCCUCCACCACGCAUGCCAAUGGUAUAUGCCGAGCAGCAUGAGAACGACGAGGAGCAACAGUUCCGCAGGGUCUUCCAGCAGCUCGCCGGAGAGGACAUGGAAGUGAGCCCAAAAGAACUGAUGGACAUCCUCAACCGAAUCAUUUCAAAGCAUGGAGACCUGAAGACAGAUGGCUUCAGCAUUGAGUCUUGUAGGAGCAUGGUGGCAGUCAUGGAUAGUGACAGCACUGGAAGACUUGGCUUUCAUGAAUUCAAACAGCUCUGGAACAAUAUAAAAAAAUGGCAGGGAGUGUACAAAGCCUAUGACUUGGAUGGUUCCGGUGUCAUUGGUGCAGAUGAGUUGCCCAGCGCGUUCAGAGCCGCUGGCUUCCCCCUCAAUGACGAGCUGUUCAACAUGAUAAUCCGCAGAUACAGUGACGAAAGCGGCAAUAUGGAUUUUGACAACUACAUUGGCUGCCUUGUGAGGCUGGAUGCUAUGUGCCGUGCCUUCAAAACCCUGGAUAAGGAUAACAAUGGGACCAUCAAAGUCAACGUUCAGGAGUGGCUUCAGCUGACCAUGUACUCUUGAGUCCAGAUGACGUCCCACCUGCUUGGAACCACUUUUUUUGUUAGCACAACAUAUUUUCUCAACCAUCCCUACUAACUCCCUGUUAUUCAGCAAAUCCUGUGUGUGUGUGGGUGUGUGUAUAGGAUUCUUUUUUUUUCAAUUUAAUGCAACGCGGGUUUAGUGAGAUUAUUUGUCGUUCCAUUGUACUUGUGAGACAGAAAUGACUGUAUUGGCCACCCAGAGAAGCACAAACUUGCACUCACAAUCCCCAUAAGGUGCAUAAAGAAGACAGAGUGCUGUACUGGUGUCAUUUUGGGCUGCUCGUUUGGCAUUUUCUUUUGAUCUUCCCUGAGAGGAGGCAGGCCAAUAUCUAGUUGUUUUUUACGCAGUGAAAAAGCAGUAAGCUCCACGUUUGUAUGCAGCUGGUCUCACAAAGAUUGUAUGUCAAGACGUUUCUGUGAAGGCAGGCAAAUCAUAGCUUUUGCUCCGAGACAGUUUUAACGGCAAAAUGUGGACGUUGGACAAUAUUUUUUAUCUUUCUGCUGGAAUGAAUAGAAGUAAACAAUGCAAAGCUGUAGCUUGGUUAACAUAGUUUCUGUUUGUCGUUUGGAUGGCCGCCCGUAGAGUUGUUGCCAUUGCUUUUGGCCUAAUUAUAGCCGUCUCAGAACUAUGUUGGUGUGUACAGAUGAUUGAUUGACAUCUCCGCAUCUGCUGUUAUUUUUUUUCCGUUGCACCUUUAGUGUUCACAUUAGCACAGAGUUUAAGUGAAGUCUCAGAGAAGCUCAACCCAAGCGGUGACUAAUGUGAACAACCUGUGAGGUAGUGAAGAGAAGAGAGCAUUAAUGUACUCAAACUGCAGAUCGGUCCUUGCCGUUUAAAGGCUCGGCAUGCUGCAUGUUUUUUAUUUUGGGGAAUUACUCUAGUUCAUCCAAAUCCAUUCACUCAUGAGAAUCACAAGGGUGCAAGUUGCCCCACCCUGACAGGAGUGUCAGUCAAUGCGUACACACCUGUGCGGCCCAGAGAAGAGGUUUAAAUGUGGGUAGAAUUAGGGAAAUAAGAGUCACAUGAAUGGUGAAACAUGUCUUUGCAGAAACUUUGCGCUUUGUAAAGUUACACAUGAAGCUAAAGUUUCACUAUUUGUUUAGUCUGACUGGACACUCCACCUCUUCUGCUGUCUAUACAAUCCAAACUGGUCGUUGUCCUUUGCUGAGCACCGCCCAAGACUAUUGUGAUUGGUUUAAAGAAAUACAAACCAGCUAGUAGUUUUUGGUAAUGCCGUAGAUCCAGACCUUUCUUUAGUGCUGCGUUCUAUUUGUCAGAGCACAGUUCUGUUCAUUAUCUUUGUGAAACCAGCCCCGAGCCUCCCUGAAUGGAGAUUUUGGUUCACUGAAACAACAUUGUGGGACAGCUUGCCUUUUUCCAUUUUUUGUAUUACUUACUUAAAGCUUCAAGAAAACUACAGUAGAUGUGUAAAUUAUGGGACACUCGCACCGCAGCCUAUUCCAAGCAGACCAUGGUUUAAUGAUUUGUAUCUGUUGCACUGUAUAUGCAUAGCGGUGAGGAAUGCCAGUGCUUUCUCCUUAUAAUGAUCAACAUUACAUCCUAAGAGGCAUUGCUUUGUUGCCAUUUCAAUGCUGGUAAUGCAAUGUGGCCAUAACACCCUCUGUUUCAGCUCACCAACCACUUUACUUCUCACUGUAUUUGUUGAAAAUGCCUGCACCGGAUAACGCCAGCACAAUGUGUACAUUUAUAAUAUAUAACGUGUGUAUGCCACUCAUGCAUGCAGCCAAUAUUAGAUGUGGCAUAAUGAAGUGUUCUUAACCACGUAGCCAUUAAACUGUUACUGUGCCAUAUUUGGAAUAAAAAGGGUAUGUUAAA